AUGAAUACAACCAAUGUAAAAAGAAAAGUUUAUCGUGUACCAUCGUCAAUAUAUUGGGAACGAUAUUGGUAUUCAUGGCCAGUAGGAAUAUUGGCGACAUUUCAAUUAAUUAUGACAUUUACAAUUGUUGGCAUGGAAAUUGGUAAUACAGUAGUGGAUUUAUUUAGAGCUAAUAUUUUUGCAGGUUUUUGGUCAUUUCCAUUUAUGAUUUCAGCAACAUUAGCUACAUAUGCAUGUGUUUGUGCAAAAAAUACACUAACAAAAGCAAUGAUUACAUUAUUUCUUCAAAUAAUAUCAAUAUUAGUAAUGCUUGUUGUCAUAGGUUUUUCAAUAGCUUUUAUUGCUACUAAUUUUACAUUAUGUUUUGGAUAUCAAUGUUCUCAAACAUCAUCAACAUCGUAUUCAUCACCAACGUAUACUAUUCUUAAAAGAGCUUUUAUUUCAUGUGAACUUGUUUUUUCAAUAAUCUAUAUUAUGCUUUCCAUUAUUUAUGUUAUUCUUUUUAUAAAAUGUUAUAACAAAAUAUCAAGUAUUCAUCCAAUCGUUCAUUCUUUACCUGUACAAAGUGCUAUAAGUAAUAAAAAAUUAUCAAAUUUAUCACAAUCAUCUCAAUCUUGGUCCCUAUCACCUAGCAGUAAUAAUCGAUCAAAUAUAAAUGAACCAGUACGUAUUAUAUCUUCAACAAAUAUAUUAUAUAAUGUUGCACAAAAAGUAUGUCCAAAUUGUAAAUAUGUUUCACCUUAUAUUCCACAAGGAAAUACUAUUGAAUGUCCAAAAUGUGGAUAUCAAUCAAAUUUAGUUGAACAUGCACAACAAUGGUAA